AUGCAGGAACCCCGGUGGGAGGGGCGCAUCUUGCACAUGAUGAACGACUUCCUGUAUAAGGGGACCAUCCCCGAGGAAGUUCUGCGGGGGGUCACGGUGCUGCUGCCGAAAACCAUUUCCGAUCCCGAAUCCUGGGGGGACACACGCCCUAUCACGUUGAGCUCCUCGAUUCUUAAGUGGUUUUCGCAACUACUUUUGCUCCGCAUCCAAGACGGGGCACCACUUCAGUGGGGGUGCAGAGGCAAGCAAGCUCCCGAACUCCUUGUCGUUCUCAAGCGCGUCAUACGACACGCAAAGGACUGGGGGAUUCUUACAUGGAUUGUGAAGCUGGACGUCAGAAAGGCUUUUGAUAGCGUUUGGCAGGAAUCCAUGGGGGAUAUGGUUGCGUCCAAGGUAGGGGGGUUGCGCGCAUCUGGGGGGGGGGCAGUGCCGAUGGGAUGCCAUGGGAGAGAAGUUCGGGUUGCUAUGGCCGACACGCUUACGCACAUUCCCCAGACCAACGGGGUCCGACAGGGCUCUCCUGACAGUCCUGUGCUCUUUGGGAGAGUGGUUGCUGACGACCUCGAGGGGGCACUCCAAACAACCCAGCGGUUGCUGCCGCUAGCGGAGGGACCACCGCCACCACAAUCAGGGGGGGCAUACAUGGAUGACACCUACCUAUGGAGUCAUGACCGAACCCACCUGCAAGCGUCUCUUGCCGAAUUGGAGCGACAGCUCCGCAAGCACGGCCUGACCAUCAACCCGGCCAAAACGGCUAUCAUAUUCAGCUUGAAAAGCGGCGGGGGAAGCUUCUUCAUCGGGGGGGAGGAGGUGGCCUGCAAACCCUUUGGCACGGUGGUCACAGCAUUGGCGCGCCUUUCACAAGCAUGCCAAGCUGCUUUGCGCACCGACCUCGCUGGACAGCAGGAUCAAGCUUCACCAGACAUUGGUUCGGGGGGCAGCCACAUGGGGGUGCGAAGCUUGGCCAGUUACAGAUGUGCUGCUACGGGCGUCCAACAGCGUUCAGUUGGGACAGGUGAGGAGAAUGAUGCACCCAGGGCGGAGACCGGGGGAGUCCUGGUGGGAGGAGUGGAAUGUGCGCACGCUCCGGGGGGCAAGGGGCCCAUGCUUACGUGGAAGAAUUUAGAGUGGUGGGGAGCAGAGGUGCGCAAAUCCAAACGAGAGAGGCAAUACUGGCACAAAGGCCGGUUCAAUGCCCAUGUGGACCCAGAGCGGCAGAUCGCCAAAGUGGCGGGGGAGACUUGGCAAAGGGUUGCGGGGGACUUCAAGGUGUGGAGUUCGCUGUCAGGGGAGUUUAUCGCAGCCUUUGACGUGCCCUGGACUUCGGGGCAACAGAGCAGCCUUACUAACCUCACACCCAACACCAGAGGGGGAAGCAGAAGGCAGCAGCUGACGAAUGAGACAGACUAG